UGCCCAAAAAAAAAAUACACGUAGAUGCUUCCCUCACAACUCUGGUCCGCACAUAUUAAUUUAUCUAAUCGCCACCUUCACUCUUACCACACUUUCCGACCACUUGUCACGCAACUUCCUCUCCCCCACACUCCACCUACUAUAUAUUUAUUCACUCACUCUCUCCUUUCUUCUCAUUCAACAACAAUUCAAUCCAUUACAAGAAACCUCAGAUUCUCAUACUAAAGAUCUCCAGUUUUUGAUCAACUCAUGGCACUCGAGGCUCUCAGUUCACCUAGACUAGCUUCUCCAGUUCCUCCUCUGUUCGAAGAUUCUUCAAGAUUCCACGGAGUCGAACACUGGACCAAAGGCAAACGUUCCAAAAGAUCAAGAUCCGAUUUUAACCAACAAAACCUCACUGAAGAAGAGUAUCUCGCUUUCUGCCUCUUGCUUCUGGCCCGCGACGGCAACCGCAGCAACCGUCAGCCUCUUCCUCCGGUGACAGCGGCUGAGAAGUCUUCGUCGUCGUCCUACAAGUGCAGCGUCUGCGACAAGUCGUUCUCGUCUUACCAAGCUCUCGGCGGACACAAGGCGAGCCACAGGAAAAACUCAUCACAGACUCAAUCCGGCGGAGGAGAUGAUCAGUCAACGUCGGCGACCACCACGUCCGCCGUGACAACCGGAAGCGGGAAGUCGCACGUGUGCACGAUCUGUCACAAGUCGUUUCCUUCCGGACAAGCUCUAGGCGGACACAAGCGGUGCCACUACGAAGGGAAUAAUAAUAACACUAGUAGCGUGUCUAACUCGGAAGGAGCGGGGUCCACCAGCCACGUCAGCAUCAGCCAUCGUGGGUUUGACCUUAAUAUCCCUCCGAUACCGGAGUUCUCGCUGGUCAACGGAGACGACGAAGUGAUGAGCCCGAUGCCGGCGAAGAAGCCCCGUUUUGACUUCUCGGAGAAACUCCAACAUUGAUUUGCUAUAUGUUUUGAAUUAUUUAGGAAUUUGUUGACUGUGUACAUACAGAUUUCGAAUUUGAUUCAUUACAAUUCUUGUUCUUAGCCGGUUAUUGUUAGAACUCAUUCUUUGUCACAUUAAUUAAAUCGAUAUAUGAUAGAAACUUUUGAGUUAUAACU